GAGAAGAAAGGUAACUUGUUCAUUUUAACUUUGACCGGUGAAGACGAGCACCGUUUAAACCCGACCAGAAUCGAUGCAAUCCGUUCAGCACUGAACCAAAUUCGAUCCGACUCCGCCUCCCACUCUGGUUCGGUUCUCAUCACCACCGCUCAAGGGAAGUUUUUCUCCAAUGGCUAUGAUCUCGCCUGGGCUGGCUCUUCACCAGACAAGAUUCGUCUGAUGUCUUCCAAGCUCCGAGCACUCGUUGCUGACUUAAUCUCUUUUCCUAUGCCUACCAUCGCCGCCGUCACCGGCCAUGCCUGCGCCGGCGGAUUCAUUUUGGCUUUUAGCCAUGAUUGUGUUGUUAUGAGAAAAGCUCGAGGGUUUUUGUACAUGAGUGAAAUGGACAUCGGACUUAAGAUUCCUGCUUGGUUCAUGGCCCUUAUAAGUUGCAAGAUCGGUGACCCUGUGCUACGACGCGACGUGGUGUUGAAAGCGAAGAAGCUGACGGCGGAGCAAGGAGUGAAGAGGGGGAUCGUCGAUGCGGCAUAUGAUUCCGCGGAGGAGACAGUGAAAGGAGCGAUUGAAUUGGGAGAAAAAUUAGCUCAAAAAGGAUGGAACGGACAAGUUUAUAGUGAAAAUAGGAAACAGCUUUAUAAAGAGAUUUUGAAUCAGCUUGGUGUCGAUGAAACCACCGAUGAUUUGAACAAAAUUGCAAUUGCAUCCUCUAAAAUGUAGCGAAAUCUCGAAUGCGGUUAGAGAAAUUAAAGAAAUAUUUGUAAUAAUUUAAGAUUAAGUUUAAUUAAAGUUUGUAUUCAUAGUUGACAAAAA